AUGAACCCUCGAUAUAAUUAUCCUAAGAGAUCUGUUUCUAAUAUGGAUAGAUAAUAAAUACUUAAAGCUUUAGGAAGUAAUCCAUCUGAUAAAGAAAUUGAAUAUAUGGCAUAAGAAUAUGAUCUAAAGUCUCGUACAAUCAAGGCUUGGUUAAAAUAAUAAUUUUAGAAUUAAAAUAAAGCAUCUGAAUCUGAUGAAGAUUACUAAGGCAAUAGAAAAAAAACUAAAGCUGAUAAAGAUCUUCUAGAUUUUGAAAGAAAUUUUAAUUAAAACUCUGAUGCUUAUCAUUAUGAAAUUACAAGUAUGGAUCUCUUAAAGAAUGGCAAAAUAUUAAAUUAAUAAGAACCUAUAAAACCUUAAGUUAUACCAUAAUAAAAACCCAUUCCAACACCAUAAUAAUCUAAUAAACCAAUAACCAGUGAUGAUUUUUUUACUAUGAAAAUUGAUAAAUAAUAAUAAUAAUCGUAAAAAUUUUCACUCUAAAAUUUUGAUGCCCUUUUACUAUUAUUAGAUUAAGAUGAUGAAAUACAUCAUUUAGUAUCUUUAUUAAGAAAUUAAGAAAAAUAAAUUGAAGAAUUAAAAAAAACUUAAGCAGAGAUCUUAGAAUACAUGUGUUCACAUUUAACAAAGAAACCAAAAAAGAUUUGA